AUGCACACCACCACUUUCGCCCUCUGCCUUAGCACCAUUCUCACCCUACUCCCACCGACUGCGGCAUGGGGUUCCCUGGGCCAUCGCACCGUCGCGUAUCUCGCGUCCACGUAUUUCACCCCGGAAUCCACACGCUUCACGAACCACCUGCUCAACGGCCAGGACAUCUCCGAAGCGGCCCUUUUCCCAGAUAAAGUCCGCCACAUGCCUCAAUUUGCGUACUCGCGGGGGUGGCACUACAUUGACGCGCAGGACUCGCCGCCGCAGCAAUGCGGCAUCAACAUGACGCGCGACUGCGCCAUCAACACAGGGUGCGUGGUCAGCGCAAUCGCGAACCACACGGGCCGCGUCGCCGAUCCCUCCCUGCCGCACUACCUGCGCGGCCAGAGCCUGCGGUUCAUGCUACACUUCUUCGGCGACGUGCAUCAGCCGCUGCACACCGAGGCUGAGGACCGCGGGGGCAAUGAGUACGAGGUGGCUUUUGACGGGCGGCGGACGAAUCUGCAUAGCGUAUGGGAUACGCUCAUUCCGCACAAGUACGCCGGAACGGGCCACGACGACGAAUUCGUCGCUGCGUGGCUGUGGGCGCAGAAACUCUCUGGUGACGAUGACGACGAUGAGACAAGACUAGAGGGAGAAUGCCUGUACGAUGCCGCAGACUGUGCGCUGUCCUGGGCACGGGAGGCGAACAGCUAUGUCUGCUCUCAUGUACUGGCUCACGAUGUGCACGGCCAGGACCUCGGCGGGGAGUAUUACGAGGGAGCCAUUCCCGUCGUCAAUGAAAUGGUCCAGAAGGCCGGGAGGAGAUUGGCGGCUUGGAUCAAUUCCAUCUCUGCAAACUAUACCACCACAGCCAACGAGGCCGGUGAUUUGGAUGUCGAUCACGCAAUACAAAUUCAAUGA